ACUGUCGCCGAAGCGGCAGCUAGCUGCGCCCCUACGGCACCAACCAGAACAGAUCGAGCGAGCCCCCUCGCCUCGCGACUCGGUGGCCCCCUCCUCUCCCGGCGACGCUGCUCCUGGCGGCGCCCGCUCCCGGCGUCUGCGGAGCCCAUGCGCGGCGGCGCCAGGCGACUCCUGCAGCAGAAAACGCAUCGGCCCCUCUCUUCCUUUCUUCCCUGGCAGCGACAACUGGGCGAGCGGUGACAUCCUACGCCGGGGUCUUCCUGGGGCCCAGCGCCGGCGAUGAGUAUCGACCAGUGAAUCGUGAAUAGUUUGUUGAAGAUGGCAAAUGCGGAGAAUUUGUUCAAGAUAGUAAAUGCAGAUACAGAUACAGAUACUGCUGCGCUGCACAAGGAGUGGGAUGAUGCUCUUUGCCCGAUAUGCAUGGACCAUCCGCACAAUGCUGUCCUUCUGUUGUGCAGCUCCCAUGACAAAGGAUGCCGACCCUACAUAUGUGAUACAAGCUAUAGGCAUUCAAAUUGCCUAGACAGGUUCAAGAAAAUGAAAGUGAAUGAUGGAGACAGUCCUUCACAGCCAAGCUCAUCCGUACCUAGGGGUACAAGAAACCAAAAUGUUGUCCGGAGAUCUCGUUUUGGCGUCACUAGAGAGAGCCCCAGGCUACUCAUAGACAUAUCUGAACCUGCUGAAGCUUCCGAUCAUCAAGAUGCCAGCCAUAGGCCUGCUGCCAUAGCUGGAAGACAGGAAGAAAAUAACUACAAUGAAGGCCCAGAUUUGACAUUGGAAUCACAGGAGGUUGAGAUCAGCGGUCCUUUGGUGUCAAGUGAUGUGUCAAGCUCAAACCAAUUGUUGUGCCCACUGUGCAGGGGCACCGUUAGUGGCUGGAAGAUCAUCAAAGAAGCCAGACAAUAUCUGGAUGAGAAAUCGAGAGCUUGUUCACGGGAAGCCUGCACAUUUUCAGGUAACUACAGGGAGAUCCGUAGACAUGCCAGAAGUGUGCACCCCACAACAAGACCUGCUGAUGAGGAUCCAUCAAGACGCUGUGCGUGGCACCGCCUGGAGCAUCAGCGGGAGUAUGGUGACAUAGUGAGUGCAAUUAGGUCCGCUAUGCCUGGGGCAGUUGUGCUUGGUGAUUAUGCUAUUGAAGGCGGUGAAAUGUUUUCACAUGACCGGGAAACCAGUGGCCCAAGUGAACCAAGUGGAUCUCUGCUGACAACAUUCUUUCUAUUUCAUAUGCUCAGCAGUAGUCCAAUAAGAUCAAGUGAUGAUCCAAGAGGCGCAUCGAGGGGCCUGAGAAGGCGGAGGCGACGCUAUCUGUGGGGAGAGAAUUUGUUAGGUCUCCAAUAUGAUGACGAUGACGAUGAGGAGGAGGAUGAGGAAGAGGAUGACCUAGAUGAAGAGGUUCAGAGACCAAGGAGUCGGCGAAGGUUCAUAAGAUCAAGAUCAGAGGAGCGGGCAUAAUGCAUAUGUAGCUGUGGUAUUUACAUUCUUCACUGCUGUGAAGUUUUUUUUACCAUGAACUCAUGAUGACUGACUCCUUGCAUGAUCUUGCUUGGUCCUUGCUUGGUCGUAUGGUUGAAAUGCCUGUGCACAUCCCUGCAAUCAAAGGCCUAAAGGCGAGUGGACCUCAAGCUUUAGAUGAUUCGUUCGACACAAUCCAUGAGGUCCUCUUUAAUGUGAUGCUCGGGAGAACAUUCAUUUGUAGUGUACACCUGACAGCUCUCGGACUAGAUGUGACCUGGAAGCUCGGUUGGUGUUUGGAGAUGCUCACUCCAUCACAGCUUCUGUCGCUGAUGCACCAUGUGUUGUUUACUUUUCGUGUCACCUGCAUCUGUUGUAUAUUUUUUCGAAGGCUAUGUUUCGUUGAAUUGAUUCUGCUACUGUGCCGGUUGAUAUCCUUGUUCAACUGAAGUGGGUAGUCACAUUUCCUGAAUUGUUGGUUAACACUAUGCGCAUACUUGUUACCAACAAUUUCAGAGCAUUCGCAGACUUCGUGUGCGCGUGUUGUUGUAAUUCAAAUGGGUCCAUCAUUAGCUUGUCAAUCUAAACCUUAUGAAAGUUUGAUGGACGAGGAUAUCCAAUCAGUGUGCUGCCUGUGAA